AUGCCAUCCCGAAAUCCAACUUCUGCUGACUCAAACCCUCAUUCUGACUUGGACCCCCAAGAUUUCAAUUUCAAUUUCGACCAUGACCUCAUCAAUGAUGACUAUUUCAAUGAUCACAGCCCUCAGCCUGAAGGUCACUCCAAUCAACAUCAAUCACAGUACAUACCUCACCCACAUCUCCGUGGUGACCCUUGCGACCUUGAAGGCAACCCUCUUCCUCCAAAUGCCCCCAAGCCUGCGCGCUAUGUAGACUUCUUGUUCCAAAAAGAGGAGAUGUCUGCCCCCAACAUUGAUUUUCUGAUGGAGUUGUGGGCAUUCAAAGCAGCCAAGUACGAAGAGGACAGCCCAUUUAAAUCUCACCGCGAUGUAUAUGCCACAAUCGAUGCGAUCCAUGCGGGUGAUGUGCCUUGGGAAUGUUUCUCUGUAACACCACAACAUGACCUUGAUGAGUCGGACAUGCCCCGGUGGCAACAGACUGAAUAUCAAGUAUGGUAUCGAGAUCCUGAUGCUGUCAUACAGGCCAUGCUGGCAAACCCUGACUUUGCUGGGCAGUUUGAUUAUGCCCCAUAUGUUCAUUAUGACCAGUCGGGGAAGCGUCAUUGGAAGGACUUCAUGUCUGGCAACUAUGCGUGGAGCAAGUCUGAUACAAUAUAUGAGAAUGAUCCAUCAACAGAUGGAUCCAUGUACAUUGGAGUCAUCCUUGGAAGUGACAAAACAACAGUAUCCAUUGCCACUGGUCAUGUCGAGUAUCAUCUGUUGUAUUUGUCAAUCGGAAAUCCACAUAAUUGCAUCAGGCAAGCUCACUGUAAUGCAGUCACUUCAAUUGGGUUUCUUGCCAUUCCAAAGGCUUUUAUUGCGGACUAUCCUGAACAAGUGAUGCUUGCGGGUAUUGUGCAAAAUUGGUGUGUGAAGUGCACUGCACUGCCUGAGGAUCUUGAUGGGAGCACUGCUGAGCGUCGGUCUCAAGAAUAUACUGAUGUGCUGGUUGAAACUUUCAAUUCAGAUGUGUUGUGGGAUCAGUAUGGGAUAGAUGAUGAUAUUGUACCCUUUACAAACGAUUUUCCAUGUGCGGACAUCCAUGAAAUGCUGUCGCCGGACCUCCUUCAUCAAGUUAUCAAGGGAUGCUUCAAGGAUCAUCUGGUGACUUGGACUGGCAAGUAUCUGAAGGAAGUCCAUGGUGAGGCAUGUGCCAAUGAGAUCAUUGAUGAUAUAGAUCACCGAAUUGCUGCUACACCAGCUUUCCCUGGCCUGCAAAGGUUUCCUGAGGGUCGCCGCUUUAAACAAUGGACUGGGGAUGACUUGAAGGCAUUAAUGAAGGUAUACAUCCCUGCAAUUGUAGAAUAUGUUCCUCCCCAGCUUGUUGAGUGCCUCAGUGCAUUCCUCAAUUUUUGCUACCUUGUACGACGGUCCGAACUUGGAGAAGACUCCUUGGCGGAAAUCAAACAGGCACUACACAAUUUUCAUGAGGCCCACGAGAUUUUUCGUGACUCUGGGGUCCGGCCAAAGGGUUUCGCGCUGCCACGUCAGCAUUCAAUGGUACACUAUAUCCGUCUGAUUCAAGAAUUUGGAGCUCCGAAUGGCCUAUGCUCAUCAAUCACCGAGUCUCGCCACAUCACAGCAGUCAAGAAGCCAUGGCGUCGAUCGAAUCGGUAUGAUGCACUUGGCCAGAUGCUGCUCACAAACCAGCGGCUGGACAAGCUUGCAGCCGCACAUGUUGACUUUGUGGCACGAGGACUUCUGCCAGCCUCACAUGGGCCCCCACCCAGGCGUGGCCUUGACUUUGUGGAUGAGGGUAUUGAUAAUGAUGCACCAGACAUCGAAAGAGUCCAAGGAUCGGUUGUUUUGGCACGCACACCUCAACGUGGCUAUCCUCGGACACUCGAGACACUUGCAGUGCAUCUCCAGCAGCCCAACCUUCCCUUACUUGCUUGCAAGUUCCUUUACAGCCAAUUGAACCCUGGCACAGCUCAGAUCGACUGGAAUCACUUACCACAAAUCGACACAUAA